CUUCCACAAAUGUGUUCAAAUAAAAUUGAGAAAUUAACAACAGUAGCAACUUAUGGGCACAAGUUUGUACAAUGUUUUAAGUUUUUUAAUUUUUUCAUCUCGUUUUAAUUUUUUUAUGCGAUUUUCAAUCAUCACAAUCUUAUACAUUUAGCCUGAUAGGAGAAAUCGAUAAAAAUCGUCUUCGGUUUUUCUUCCAUGCGCAUGGAUAUUGGAUAACUUUGAGUUUUAGCAUGCAAUCCACUUGUCAGGAAUUAUUACGGUCUCCGGCACUUCUUGAUUCUCGAAUCUCCGUAGACACUAGACUGUAGAUUCACUGACUUAUUACUCUAUUUAGUAUUUUAGUCCCUGUAGUCCGUUGACCGUUCCCUUUCGACUUUGCCGUAGUGUUAAUUCGGUCACUCGCUUAUCGUAUAGCGUUAAGUUUAAUGCCCAGGAUUGACUACCCACCAGAUUACUAGUUACAAGACUUGGGCCUUGGCUAUUGUUCCGAAUCGCUUGUCGUGUAAAAUACUUGCACUAUGGACGACGAAAAGGAUAUAGGAAGCAGUUGGCCAUUAAAAGAAAAUAACACAGAACAUAUUAUUCAACCAGAUUUGCUGUGCCAUCAUGCCAUCGCAACUGACACUCAAAUAAUAAGUAAUUUACAUUUAAGUUUAAAUGAAUCUAUGCAUAGCAAUACAUCUAGUAAGCAAUCUAAAGAUGAAUGUGCGUUUUUGACAAACAAUCUACAAAGUGUGCACUUGACUCGUGAUAAUCCAACUUCAAUCAAUUUACCAUCAAGACGACGUCAUUUAAUUCCUGUAAAUAAUAGAGCUGAAGACUAUAGCUAUGAAUCAAGCUCUGAUAGUGAAUUUAGUGACAAUCCUGACAAAUUUCUAAAUAUUGAUCUUGGAACAAGAACAAUUCCUGAACUUACAGCUGAAGAAGAACUCAAAGAAGAGCGUAGCUGGAGGUCUUGUACGGUAACUGGAAUUAUUAGUAAAAUUGAUAUGAAAGUAAUAGAACCAUAUAAAUGCGUUUUAUCACAUGGUGGAUACAUGACGGCUGGUUCACAUAAUGCUAUUAUUAUUUUUAGUGCUUGCUACUUACCACAUCGUAAUCGUGUUGAUUACAACUAUGUAAUGAAUAACUUAUUUGCUUAUGUCAUUUCGACUUUGGAUCAGCUGGUUACUGAAGAUUAUGUCUUAGUAUAUUUACAAGGAGGUACUUCUAAAGAUUGUGUUCCUAGUUUCUCUUGGUUAAAACGCUGUUAUAAAAUGAUUGAUAGGAAAUUAAGAAAAAAUUUGAAAUUUUUAUACAUGGUCCAUCCUACAUUUUGGUUAAAAACUCUUGUUUUAAUGAUCAAGCCUUUUGUAAGUUCUAAAUUUGGUAAUAAAAUUCACUUUGUCAACAGUUUAGAUGAACUCUAUGAAAGUGUUCCUGUAGAAAGAGCCAGUAUACCAGAUAAAGUUAAACAAUUUGAUAGUACUAAAUCAAUUCCUAAUAAAUAAAUAAUAUUCACGAAUGGUACAUUAAAUAAUAGGACGUCAAAUAUUUAGUACAAUCAUUUUUGUUUUUAAAUUAUCUAUUUUUAGUAAAAACGUACGAUUUAAUAAUAAAAAAAAAUAGUACCCGUUUUUAAUAACUUUGUGUUAAUAGUAUUUAAAAUUAUGUAGUCUAAAUAUUGACUCCAAAAUUAUUCUUAAGGUGCACCGUGCCAGUUAUUUAUUAUGGGGAAAAAGAUGAGCAACAUGUAACAUGAAUUAUUCUAAGAGGCAUUUCAACCAUGCCAACUACCACAUUUUUUAUGUGUUUCAUUAGUACAUCAAAAGUUUGAUUAAAAAUAAUUUUACAUCAUAAAUACAGUUUCUCACUUAUAAUAUCAAGUUAGUUUAAAUAAACCCUUAUUUUAGUAUUUUUAAUAGGUAUUCAUAGCUUCAAGUAUUGUAAUUUUGAAAUCAGUGACAGAAGUGGAUAUCCACUUCUGUCACUGAUUUCAAAGUUUUAUGAACGACAAAAAAGAAAAAUGAAAGUCCGACUCUGGAAUAUAUUUUAGAAUACAAAAAUUGAAUGACAAUUUAAUUAAAGAAAAUGUACACUAAGAGUUUAAAUAAUUAUAUUUUAAUAAGAAAAUAUUUGGCCAUACAAUUCUGAAAACCUCUUUAUCUCGGCAUCAAUUAAAAAUUAUUUUAAUACUUAUAUUUCGUAUUGUGUUAAAAUCAAACAUACUACCUCAAGUAUCAAGUUCUAUUAGGUACAGUAUAGUUUUAUUUGAUAACAAUGAUUAAAAUGAAAAUAUUUUUGAAAUUAAAUCUUGAAGCAGGAAAUUUAGUAUUGGAAAAUAUGUGUUUACAAAUUCAACUUAUUUAAUUCAUUGAAAACCAGAUAGUAAGAAAUAAAUAAUAAUAUGUAAAACAUCAUAAUUAAGAAACACUUAAAAGAAGAAUAUCAUGAUAAAAGUAUAAUAUAAUUAGGUGUUGUAUUUUUUCCCACUAAUUAGGCAAAUCAAGAUCCUCAUUUAAAAUUAUACAUUUUUUAAGUAUUACUAGGUACUGUAACAUCUGUUGUUUAUUAUUUAGUGUAACUGAAAAAUAUGAAUGUAUCCAUGAUUCCUUUUUAUUUGUAAAUACUGUAAUUAAUUUAAUUAUAAAUAGUAAAUCUUUUUCUUUUCCUUCACCUUUAUGUCAACAAUUUGGGGUUGGCCACCGUUGUCCUGAACUUCAACAUGUCACUUAUAGUCCUCAUAUAAUUCUCAAUCACAUUCAACUACCUCUUUUCUUUCCAGGUUUUAUUUUUAAAACCAUUCUUACUGCUUCCGAUUCCUCUCUCCUCAUAACAUGACCAAAUCAUCUCUGUAUAUUUUCUUUCAUUCAGACCGAGAUGGUUUAGGCAAUUAAAAAAUAAAUCUUAAUUUAAAUUAUUUAAAGAAGUCAAUUUUUUUUCUUUAAAGUAUAAGUUAUUUAAAUAGUCAAUAUUGUUAAUUAAAAAUUACGAUUAUACUAUAUUAUGAAAUAGUCAUAUUGUGCCUUUUAAAAUAUACACACAAAGUAAACUCGUAUACUAUUAUAAUAUACUCAUUACUUUAUAAUCAGUAUUAAAUUUGUACCAAUUUUUGUUUUACUUUAAAAUGCUUGUUCUUAUAUUAGUAUUUUAUUCUUAUUAUUU